ACUUGUGGAUAAGCGACGAACAAUGAGGAAUAAAUUGAUUUAUUUUAUUUUUUUUAAUUUUGAAAUGCCCAAAUUAGUGAAUUUCAGCAGAUUUUGCCACGAUUGAGGAUGAAACGGAGAACUCAUUAACCGGUGACAACUUUUCAGCGUCUGGGUAAGUGACACGUGGUUGAAAAUUUCUCCUCUUCAUAAUUUUGUCUCUUUCUUCACUAGCAGGGACAAAGGACUGGCUUACGGAAAAGAAACCAUUUUUUUCUUGUAAAGAAAUGGCAAGCUCAAAUGGACAAUCUGAUGGAGAGAAAUUUCCAGCUGCUGAUAUUCUUCAGGAAUUGAAUCCUGCCCAAAACAGGGAUGUAAACGUUGAUCCUGUAUCUUCUCAAAUCACUGCCUCAUUGCAGAACAAGAAACAAGAUGAAACAGCUAAAAAGAAGAAUCAAAAUGUAAAGAGAGAUGCUGUGCAGAGGCUCAAAUCAACCAUUAUGAUCUCAGCAGUCAUUGUAGCGGUUGCAGGGGCUGCCUUUGCUGUAACUAAGAAAUUGAGAGAGAAAUGAAUAUGAAUAUGGACUCAUCUACACUCUUCAUUAACAUUCAGAUUGUAGUAAUUAUGCAUUCUUUGAAUCA